UGUAGUAAUGACAAUGAUUGGUUUAUCAGUGUCUUCGCAGACGAAAGUGUUUCCUGGUUAUUAGGCCAAAGAGGUAAGGAAAGAACAUGAAUGCGUGAGUGCAUAAGUUCAUGACUUCGGAUAAAGAUGGCAUCGUCGUCUUUUUUGUUUGUUUUACGUGUUCCUGCCGAGGAAGAGAAUGAUGUAAACAACAAAGAUAAGGAGGCUAAGAAACCUGAUGACGGUGACAAGGUUACUCCAAUCAAACAAGAUGCUGUACGGAAAGAUAGCAACGAGAGGUCGACCAAAACACUGAACAUUGAAUCAAACGACAAAACAGACGAAGUAAAAAGUGCCACACUUUCACGCAGUUCUGAUGUUGAAGGCUUGGAAGCACCCGUAAAACCAGAGGGAAAGAGCGAUGCCAUACCGGUGUCGGAAAGUUCACUUGGAACCGAUUCUCUGUCACUUAAACCAGACCAAGCAUCCCAUAUAGCACUAGACAUUCCAUCUACUCCAUCUGACCUGUCAGCCUCUCCAUUACCCACAAAAAGUCCGUCUCAGGAGAUGUCUGAUCACGAUCCCACAAGCACUUUUAUUUAUGAGACUGAUCCCUCAAUCGACCACGAUAUGGUAACACCCCCACCCUGGGACUUCACACCACCAUCUACCCCGAGUCAGACAUCCACCAAACAAGAUACUGAUUCAGCACAACCACAGGGGCAUGACCCUCAGGACAGCAACCAAGCACCUGAGAAGGCCCUACCCUCACCAGCGUGGACAUUCCCACCUUCUGGGACGUUGGACGAGGAAACCCCAUCUAUUCAAAAUGCUACAGAUACACAGGAGUCAGAUUCUGUAUCUGAACCAAAAUCUUCUCAAUCACUAGAAAGUCCAAUAUCUACACAAUCCUCAUUUCCUCAAGAUUCCCCAUCUAAUGAAACUUCUGAUAUAUCACAGGACAGAGUUUCAGACACCACAGUUGAUAAAGAAGGUCAAGAUGUUAAUGAUAAAGUGGUAGACAGUGAAGAGAAGACACCACAGUCUGGUGAUGAUUCAACAGAUCAGUCUCCUCCAGAAAGCAUGGAGCAGCCCAUAAAAUUGACAGAACCUGUCGCAGAAAAGGACAGUGACAAUGAUAAUGACAAAGGCUUGGAGACAUUUGUAAAGGCAGAGUCACUAUUUAAGAGGACCAUGUCUGUAUUAGAGAGCUACUCGGUGAAGAACCUGUCUGUUAACAAGACGGCCAAUGCCAAGUAUUUUCAGUUUAUGUUUGUGGAAGAAGGGGAUAAUUGUGAAGAGAUUUUGAACAAGUUGGCAGAAAUUGGUAUAGGUGACAACACUCAGUCUUCUAUAAGCCUGUUUGAAACAAGCAUAUAUAAGGGGACAGGAAAAGUUGUGGAUGAGGAAGAAGAGGAAGAAGCUCUUUAUAAUUCAGUAGCUAAUCCUAAUGAACAGAAGCAGAGUGAGUUUAAAAAAUCCAUCAAAGCUCGCAUGCUUGUCACGGAGGUAGUGAAUUCCGUUCAGGGAAAUGCAGAAUUCACAUUUGACUUUCUGUUGUUAGUUCUCUUAGCAAGCUCAAUUUCAGCUAUGGGACUGGUGGAAAACAGCUCAGUGGUUCUUGUAGCAAGCAUGUUGGUGUCUCCCAUCAUGGGCCCGAUUCUGGCUGGAACAUUUGGGACUGUAAUACAGAACAACACCCUGAGGAAUCUUGGUAUCAAGAACGAGGUGCUGAGUCUGUUGAUCUGUGUUGGCAUGGGAAUGGUUUGGGGGUUGGUGUGUGGAGGUGUCUGUAAGGAUGGAGCCUACUGGGGCAGUACAGAUUCAUGGCCUACCAGUGAAAUGAAGUCCAGGGGUCUGACAAGGAGUCUAUGGACAGGUAUACUAAUCGCAUUGCCCUCUGGUGCAGGGGUGGCCCUCUCCAUCCUUGGGGGUAACACAGGCUCUCUGGUGGGCGUGGCCAUAUCUGCUUCCCUCCUUCCACCUGCUGUAAAUGCUGGGAUGUUGUGGGCUUGUGCUAUCAUAGCCUCAAUAGAUCCUCCUCCAAGAGUGCAGACCUUCGCCCCUCCAACUCAGACGGUACUAAACUACACUGUGGAAAACAUCACCCAGGCCACCACUACUGUGUCAGAACUUACCCCCUCUCCAACCCUGACUGCUGGCCUGAAUUGUGUCCCAUUCGAUAAUAACGCCUACGUCCCGAUAUACAGCUGUGAUAUGGCUGAAGAGAUGCUCUACCUCGGGCUCAUCAGUCUACUGCUGACAAUCCUCAACAUCAUUUGUAUCAUUAUUAUGGGAAUCCUUGUACUCAAGAUAAAGGAAGUGGCCCCACAGGUGGCGCUGUCCGAGGACACAAAGACUUUCUGGACUGAAGACAUCAAGAUCGCAAAGGCAUCAUAUGUAACCAUGAAAGGAAAUCAGUCUAAGAACUUGUCGCAGCAGGCAAGGGACUUACUUAAUGAAUGGAGGAAAGAUAAUGGAGAUGAGCCUAUACAGUUACUUCAGCUAGAAAGGAUGACAAUGGAGAUAGAUGAUGAUCCAAAAGUCAAGGAGAUACAGAUGAGGAUCCCUGGAGGAAUGAGGGGAGAUCUGGUGUCUCGGCAUUUUGCUGAUCAUAUCAACAAAGAUGAAGAAGAGUUUGAAAUGAUGAUGCCCCCGCAGUAUAAAACUUUCCAUGCUUUACACAACAUACACGGCCAUUCCAGAAAGAAUCUGUUUCACACCAGUUUCCAAAGUGGCUACUAUCCCUCCCCCAGCACGUCAACAGGAAGUAUGCGCCGCAAAAAAGUUGCUUUGACGGAAAUAGGUGAAGAAAAUGUACCUUACUCAGCUGAUGGUCCUAUCAAACCAAAGAAAUCACCUGGUCAUUUCGCCAAGGCAUUUGGGAUUCUUCGUCAUCCCAAGGCUGGUCGCAGCAACCUGUUCCGUCGUCGAGCAAACUUCAGUAAACCAGAGGAAAAGCAAAUACGUUUCGCUGUAGAGAAGGUUCCAGAUGAGGAGGUCAAAGUUCAGAUCAUGAAGGAAAAUGACAACCAGGAUGUGUCCAAACCACUUUUGGAAAGGAAGGAAAGUGUUUAGUUAGUAUUAUUGACAGCUCAUUCAAGGGCCUUCUCAUAAAUUGUGUCUUUAUUAGUUUCCAUAAGCUCUAACCUUUUCCAGAGUUCAGAUACUACCAAGGUAUUCUAUUUUGUGUAUUAUAAAAGUGAAAUCAAUGCAAUGACAUAUUAAUUAUACUACUUCAUGUUAAUUGCCUUUUUCUUGUCCUGCAGUCAACAUUAUACAUUUUUGUUUGUUACUGUAUAGAUAUUUUGAUAAUGAACAGUUGUUAUGUAAAUAUUAUAAAGUAUACCUCAAGUUUACUGAAAUAAGUAUGUGUAUCUGUUUAAUUAUUGUGAAUUACAGCUGAAUCACAAUUUUUCAUCAUUCAUCUUUUAAUCUUAGUUUUUACCUGUUUAAUAAUGUCUCAAGUUAUAUCUUCAAAUCAUGUUUUACCAAUAGAUAUGAUUGGCAUUAUUUAUAUACUUAUUUAACUAUAACAAUCUCAUCACUUUUGCUGAGAUACCAAGGCUUCUUCUCACUGUUAAACUCUGUCUACUGUGUUUCUGUGUAUGAUGCUGACAAAGACAUCAGUAUGUGAAUGUUGGUAAAAGGAGGAACCAGUAAUGGUUUUGUUGAGGUGUGCCGUUUUAAAUGUACAUAUUACAUAUAGGUAUGUAAUAUGAAAGAGUAAUGAAAAAUACCCUACCUGUGCUGGGCUUCGAACAAGCCACCUAUCGCUCUCUAGGCAAACAUCCUACCACUAGACUAAAGGGAAAUUCCUGCUAGUCUGAGCUCGUAAGGUGACCCUCUACUUUCUACUUUUACAUGUAUAUUAUUACAUACAUACCCCCUGGCUUUUAAGUAAACAGGAGGUAUAUAUUAUAGUAAUCAGUUUAUCUGUGUUCAGUGCAUCUGGGGAAAGCUUGUGUAAAAGAUACAUAUACAUUUAUUGUGCCUUAUGAACCCCUGAACAGAUUAUGUACAAAUUCACAUCAUAACAUCACACCAUCACUAGGUUCUACACCCGAUUAGAUUUUGGUAAUCAUCACUCAAGGUUAAAGGUCAAUUAAAGAUCGCACUUGACUACUUUUAAGACAGGUUUAGUUGGGGCAAUACCUGUGCGCCCCUACUAACUUUACUUAUUGAAUAUGUGCAUAAAUACUGUAUAUUAAGCAUUUUAUUACUGGUUUGAAAUGUGAUAUUGUUACUCAGAAGUUGAGUGAUAUUUGUAAGGGUAACCCUCGUUUUUAAGUAAUACAUGUAUAUAUUUAUAUGAAAAAUGCUUUUAUCCUUGACACAUGAAUGACACAAGUUUAUACUACAUGACAAUAUACAUGCGUUACAUAUACAAGGAUGUAUUACUUCAGAGAAGUGCCACCUGGUGGUAGUUCUACAGGAAGCUCUCCAAUGAUAACUCUAAUUAGAAUUAGAACCUCUGUAGAUGGGAGAUGAUCUUUCGAACCUGAGGAAUGAUCAUCUCGGGUCUUAAUUAUGGUCCUCCCCACCCCCUCCCCCAAAUAUCUAAAUAUAAUGUUCCUUGAGUUUGUAUGCUCAAUAUUGGAGAUCAAUUAAUAUUUCAUUUUUAAUUUGAGACAUUCACAUAAAAUAAGUUUUAUAUUAAGAAUGUGGUUUUUGUUUUUUACACAUGGGAUAACUUUGUGACAUUUAGGUUCUUGUGUUAACAUUUUACACCAAUAUUUAUAUGUAUACAUGUAAUUUGUGAUUUAUAUUUAUUGUUAAGUUUACACGUAUGUAUUUGUACAUUUUAUGUAUAUGUACUAAAAAUCAUUUUAUUAAUUUGUUUAUUUUUGACCUUAGUCUUAUCCUUCAUACAUAAUUGUUGUAAAUUCUUUCUUAUUAUAAAGUCAUAAAAUGCCCCAUGACCUGAUGAAGAGGACAGCAAACUAAAAAUAAUUAAGCAUGAAACAAGCUUUAUAAUGGAAAUAUCACACAUGUAUAAUAAAUGUCUAGCAUUUAA